UUCUAAAUGACCUAUUUAGGAAUGUGAGGCGAGGGUUAGGCAGAGGGGCUUGAAACACAUCCUUCCAGUUGCUUCUGCAUUGCGUUUCGUCAAUAACAUAAUCCGGGCAGCACUAUCAUGGCUGCCGUAUAAUAAUAUUAGGUGUCAGAAUACGUGCAUGGGGAAUUAUCCGGCUCAGGCAGAUGGCUGACUGUCGGACUGCCCGCUCCGGUGUACCGCUCCGAAAACGACUUGUGUUUCCAGGCGUAGCUGCCCUGCGUGCUUGUUCAUUUAUUUUUUCUAUUUUUCUCCUUUGUGGGCUGAGCUCGAUGAAACACACGGCAUACGCAGCGAAGCGGCAGCUCGAGGAAGGUGAAAUGUUUUGCAACACAAACGCUCGUCUCCUCCGAGCGAAACAAUGGCGAAUUCGCGGCCCGCGGGCGCCCCCUAUCUGAAACUAUCCCAGACGCAUCCGUCUCCCUCCGCUGUGCUGCGUGAUGCGCCUCUGAAACCUACCUGGGGUAGGUUUAGCUGGUCUGUCAAGGAAGGACGCUGAUCUAGGAAGUUACUUUAAAAAAAAAAUCAGUUCACAGUCCAGAAUCACUGACUCGAUCCCCCUCAGUCUAGUGAAACGGGAUCCGUGAUAUGAAACAGUCUUUUAUUAGAUGGGGAAGAGUCGAAAUCCACAGCUUAGUUUUCUGCUUGUGGUACAGAGCUGGUUCAAAUCUCACAAGCCCACGUCGCAAAAGACACCGAUAUUGUGCAAAGGCCGACCCCCCAGGACUCGUGUCAGCUUAUGAAUGUGCGUUGUCUACUCUGAAUUCCUGCUUUUAGAAAUCCACCUCGUUAACUACAUACUGCCUAGACGCUACUUUGACCCGGCUGCGAACUUUUAGACGCCCAACUCCUGUUGAAUUUGCCCACUACAGUAUUUACACUUGUUUCUAUAUGAACUUCACGUGUAGAGGACGAACUGAGGCUUCCGGCUAGACUAUUUCACAUCAGUGUGGAUACACCACGAGCCCUGAAGCCGUGGUUGUUUUUUUUAUUUUCCAAUUCACCAAGAUUGUUUUUAAAUCUUAGUAGCUUUAGCGAGGCAUUCCCUACUGGACAGGAGAGAGAUAGGAAGCAGGGGGGGGUGGUCAUGAUGCCUUCGUUGUUAUCCUUCACCAAGAUGGCUUCCUCGCAGCGUCAGCCGCUUCACCAGCAUGACGCAGCCCCCAGCGAGUGCGCACGGCGGCCGGCAGGGGGCGCGCCCAUCCGCACCAAGGCUUGAUGCUCCGAAAAGCCUGAGAAAGGAAAAAAGGCCGAACGCCGGGGGAACGCUUUCUACGGGGGCAAAUUUUUUUUUUCCUCCCAAUACAAACAAAUACAACAACCGGAGGCGCAGCGCCGGCGUCCGGGUCGAGAGAUGGCAGAAGUCCAAUGCUCCCAAAUCGAAGCCGGUGGGUGUCGCCGAGCGUUUCUUUUCAAUUUGUUUCUUUAUUCGCCCGAAAGCGGAGAUGCUGCCGUCCGCCGUGCGAGGGGUUUGCGCGAGUAAAUGGCUUUUUAAUACUCUCCCCCCCUCUUCUCCUCCUCCUCCUCCUCUUCAGAACUGUAUUACCUCAUCGCCAGGUUUCUGCAGUCCGGACCGUGCAAGAAAUCGGCCCAGGUAAGGCCGGCGUGCAGAACCGCGAUCCGCCGACACAUCUCUCUGCCUUUUCUCUCGGGUCUGCGGUGCUGAGAAAGUCCUGUGUGUUUCUCCUCCAGGUCCUGGUGGAGGAACUGGAAGAGUUCGAGCUCAUUCCCAGACGAUGGAGCUGGGACGGGAAGCAAUAUAAAAGAAACUUUGAAGACUGGGUGAAGCUCAAUCGGCACAUCCCCACGGACUACCUGCUGCGCAUCUGCCAGCGGUUUGGGCCGCUCCUGGACAAGGAGGUACCCCCCAGCGUCCCGGGGGUGCACACCCUGCUGGGGGUCGGCAGGCAGUCCCUUCUGCGCACUGCCAAAGGGUGCAGUCACACAGUAUGGAGUGGUUCAGCCUUUGCUGCUCUGCACCGGGGGAGACCCCCAGAACCCCCCCUGAUUUAUGGGAGACCGCCCAGCAUCGUCACCAUCAUGGGCGCCCGGCGGACCACCGGCUCCGCCCGGUUCAGCCACACCCUCCCCUUCUCCACCUAUCAGCACAUGAAGAUGCACCGCCGCAUCCUGGGGCACCUGUCGUCGGUGUACUGCGUGGCCUUUGACCGUACCGGGCGCCGCAUCUUCACGGGCUCGGACGACUGCCUGGUGAAGGUCUGGGCGACGGACAACGGGCGGCUCCUCUCCACCCUGCGGGGCCACUCGGCCGAGAUCUCGGACAUGGCCGUCAACUACGAGAACACCAUGAUCGCCUCGGCCAGCUGCGACAAGGUGAUCCGGGUGUGGUGCCUGCGGACCUGCGCGCCCGUCACCGUGCUGCAGGGCCACGCCGCCUCCAUCACCUCCAUACAGUUCUCUCCGGCCGCGAGGGGCACGGCGCGGUACCUCACCUCCACCGGCGCCGACGGCACGGUGUGCUUCUGGCAGUGGCACUCCGUGACGAUGAAGUUCGCGGAACGGCCCUUCAAAUUCACGGAGCGCUCGCGGCCGGGGGCGCAGAUCUCCUGCUCUUCCUUCAGCUGCGGUGGGAUGUUUCUGGCCACUGGAAGCACCGAUCACGUGAUCAGGGUGUACUACCUGGGCUUGGACCCACCCAUAAAGAUGGCCGAGCUGGAGUCACACACGGAUAAAGUCGUUGCAGUUCAGUUUUGCAACAACAGCGACAGCCUGCGGUUCGUCAGCGGGAGCCGGGACGGCACGGCCAGAGUCUGGCAUUACCAGCAGCAGGAGUGGAAGAGCAUCACCCUGGACAUGACGGCCAAGCUCCCAGGGAGCAGCGCGGUCCCCGGGGAGGACAAGGUGACCAAGCUGAACGUGACCAUGGUGGCCUGGGACCGAGGGGACAGCACGGUCAUCACGGCCGUCAACAACUACCUGCUCAAAGUGUGGCGCUCCACCACUGGCCAGCUGCUGCACGUCCUCUCGGGUCACGAUGACGAGGUGUAUGUGCUGGAGCCCCACCCCUUCGACUCCAGGAUCAUGCUGUCGGCCGGGCACGACGGCAACAUCUACGUCUGGGACCUGACGAAGGGCCUCAAGAUCCGCAACUACUUCAACAUGAUCGAGGGUCAGGGGCACGGCGCGGUGUUCGACUGCAAGUUCUCUCCAGACGGGCAGCACUUCGCCUGCACGGACUCCCACGGACACCUGCUCAUCUUCGGGUUUGGGUGCAGCAGACCCUAUGAGAAGAUUCCUGAUCAGAUGUUUUUCCACACGGAUUUCCGCCCGCUGAUCCGGGACUCCAACAAUUACGUGCUGGACGAGCAGACGCAACAGGCACCCCACCUCAUGCCUCCCCCCUUCCUGGUGGAUGUGGACGGGAACCCCCACCCCCCCCGCUAUCAGCGCCUAGUGCCUGGGAGGGAGAGCUGCAAGGAGGAGCAGCUGAUCCCACAGCUGGGCUACCUGGCCAACGGAGACGGGGAGGUGGUGGAGCAGGUGAUUGGCCAGCAGACUCUGGGGGAGGAGCUGGAGGAGAGCCCCCUGGACGGGCUGAUCAGGCAGCUGCAGCGCCAGCAGGAUCAGAACCUGAACUCGGCGGAGGAGGGCGGAGAGCAGCAGGACAGCCAGCCCGGAGUGCGUGCCGCGGAGGGCCUGGGCUCCCCCCCGAACGUGGGUCUGCGCCGCAGCGGGCAGGUGGAGGGAGUGCGGCAGAUGCACCACAACGCGCCGCGCAGCCAGAUGGCCACCGAGCGAGACCUGAUGGCCUGGAGCCGGCGCGUCGUGGUCAACGAGAUCCAGCCUGGCGUCGGCAGGUACGACCGGCCCCCCCUGGACAGACCAAGGGUGAUGGAGGAGUGCAGGCUGGCGAAGGGCGAGGUGGAGUGCGCGCUGUACAACGCGGAGAGGAGGAAGAAGCCCGCCCACGCCGCACAGAGGAGCGAGCAGCAGGAGUCCGGCACGCGCUCCCUGCGCAGGACGAGGCGGAAGCAGCAGCAUGCUUACCAGACCCGCUCGGCCAGAGAGCGCCCCCAGCAGGACCGCGCACGCGGCGCGCAGAGCGAGGAGGAGUCCGACCUUGAGGACGAGCAGGAGGAGGAGCAGCCUGACCCCAGCGAGCCGUCCUCGGGAGAGGGAGAGGCAGAGUGGCAGACCGAUAGCAGCUCCAGCGAGUCCUCCAGCGAGUACUCCGAUUGGACGGCGGAUGCGGGGAUCAACCUCCAGCCCCCGAAGCGGCUCACCCGUCGGCCCGUGAGGCACCUGGGAAGCAGCUCCUCCGAGGACGAGGCGGGGGGGGCCACCGAGGAGGGCGGGGCCACCGACGAGAGGAGGAGGAGGAGGAGGAGGAGGCAGGCCGAGAAACGAAAGCAGCUCAAACAGACGAAACGGAAGAAGCCCCACUCGUCACUGGCGGUGGCAGGGGAGGCCGCAGAGGAGUGGCUGCCUCCACCCUGGAUCAUGGACACCAUCCCACGCCGCUCGCCCUUCGUGCCGCAGAUGGGGGAUGAGCUCAUAUAUUUUCGCCAGGGCCACGAGGCCUAUGUGAGAGCUGUCCGCAAGGCCAAGUCCUACAGCAUCAACCCGCAGAAACAGCCCUGGAACAAGCUGGAGCUGAGGGACCAGGAGUCCGUGAAGGUGGUGGGGAUCAAGUACGAGGUUGGGCCGCCCACGCUGUGCUGCCUGAAGUUGGCCUUCCUGGACCCCAUUUCUGGGAAGAUGACCGGGGAGUCCUUCUCUCUGAAGUAUCACGACAUGCCGGAUGUCAUCGACUUCCUGGUCCUGCAGCAGUUUUAUAACGAGGCCAAGGAGCGAAACUGGCAGCCUGGCGUGGGGUUCCGCAGUAUUAUUGAUGAUGCCUGGUGGUUCGGGUCAGUGGAGAGCCAGCAGCCCUUCCAGCCGGAGUAUCCUGACAGCCUGUUCCAGUGCUACGCUGUACGGUGGGAUAAUGGAGAAAGGGAGAAGAUGAGCCCCUGGGAUAUGGAACCCAUUCCCGAUCAAGCCUCGUUCCCAGAGGAGGUCGGCGACGGGGUGCCGGUGACGGAGGAGGAGCUGAAGUCCCUGCUCUACAAGCCCCAGGAAGGGGAGUGGGGAGCUCACACACGGGACGAGGAGUGCGAGAGGGUCAUCCAGGGCAUCGACGAGCUGCUCACUCUGGACAUCGCCAAGGCCUUCUGCUCUCCUGUGGACCUGCGGGACUACCCCCUGUACUGCACAGUGGUGGCCUACCCCACGGACCUCAGCACCGUCCGCAAGAGACUGGAGAACCACUUCUACAGGCGGAUCUCGGCCCUGAUGUGGGAGGUGCGCUACAUCGAGCACAACGCCCGCACCUUCAACGAGCCGGAGAGCCCCAUCGUCGCCGCCGCCAAGAUCGUGACCGAUGUGCUGCUGCGCUUCAUCGGGGACCAGAGCUGCACCGACAUCCUGGAUCUCUACAACAAGGUGAAGACGGAGGAGAUGAGCAGCGCAGUGGAGGAAGAGGAGGAGGCAGAGGUGGACGUGGACUCGGACACCCCUGGGACCUCCACUGGGCGCCGGCGGGCCCAGCCCUCUCCAAAGCGGCGCGGCGUGCCCCUGGACGUGGGGGCGUGGCGCCAGCAGUGCCGGGAUCUAGUGACCCGCAUGCUGGAGUGCGAGGACUCCGAGCCGUUCCGCCAGCCUGUUGACCUCUUCGCUUAUCCGGAUUACCGGGAUAUCAUCGAUACGCCGAUGGAUCUGGGAACGGUUUCCGAGACCCUGCAUGCUGGAAAUUACGAGAACCCCAUGGAGUUUUCCAAGGAUGUCCGACUGAUCUUCAGCAACUCCAAGGCUUACACCCCCAACAAGAAAUCCCGGAUCUACAGCAUGACGCUCAGCCUGUCGGCCUUCUUUGAAGCUCAGAUCCUGUCCAUCAUCUCGGACUACAAGUCCGCGGUGCAGAACCAGCGGCGCAGUCGGCAGCGGCUGAGCUACCGCAAGCGGCUGCGCAGCACCAGCAGCUCCCCCUCCACCAGCCGCGCCUCCAGCCCGAAAGGGAAGCACAAGCAAGGAAAGUCUCAGCCUAAAUCAACCCCGAAUACCUCAUUGUGUCUGACCAGGGUCAGCUCUCGAAGGUCAUCUCAAGCCUCGGAGCUGACGGAAGGCACCGCGUCCGUGGUGGAGGAGGACGAGGGAGACAGCCAGCCUUCCUCCUCGGGCUCCGUCGCGGGGGGCCGGCGGACGGCCCCCGGGGCCGACAGGGUGACCCGGAGCCGAGUCACGCCAGCCAAGACAGACGCCUUGGCCAACGGGCCGCUCACCAACGGCGGGGGGCGCUCUCUGAGCGCGGCGGCCAGGAGGAGGCUGGGCCUGGGGCCAGAGGAGGGCGAGGCGUCGGAUAGCGAGAGACGGGGCUCCAGCUCCUCCUCUUCCUCCUCGUCCUCUUCCUCCUCGCCGUCCUCCUCUUCCUCGGACAGCGAGGGCACCCGGAACAGCAGCAGCAACAACCACAAAAACAAUAACAACAGCAGCAGCAGCAGCAGCAGUGGCAGUGGCAGUGGCGGCGGCAGCAGCUCGGGCUCCGGCUCCGGGUCCGAGUCGGAGCGGGAUUUCGUGGACGGGGGGGAUCACGACUACAGCAAGGCGGCCCGCUUGUGCCCGCCCCGCAAGGGCAAGGGCAAGGCCAGGACCACCACCGCCGCCGCCGCCGCCGGCCCCAGGAAACGCCGGCGCAGGAAGGUCGGGCGCCCGCCGAAGAGGGGGCGGCCGAAGCGUGCCAGGCUCGAGGAAGAGGAGGAGGAGGAGGAGGAGGAGGAAGAGGGGGCGCAGGUGCAGCGGCCGCAGCAGCAGGAGGGGCCGGGCAGGACGCAGGGCCAGGGGGCCAGGCGCCCCGCGCCCGGCAAGGCGUCCCGCAUCAACACCCGGAACCAGGGCCGCAGGACGGUGCUGUACAACGACGACUCGGAGGACGACGCCCUGGCGCCCCCCGAGGACCCCCUCAACCUGGGCAUGUCGCGGUCGGGGCGGGUGCGGCGGAUGACGGAGAAGGCGCGCGUCAGCCACCUGAUGGGGUGGAACCACUGACCGGCGCCGGGCUUCUCCUCCACCACUGGCGGACCGGACGUUUUUAUACCUGAAACCAGUACAAAACGACACUUUAUUUAAAGGAGUUUGGAAAAGGAUUUACUACAUUUUAUACUGCAGGGAUUUUUUUUUCCUCCUAGUUUCGGUUCUGUUGGUCUCCGAUGCAUGCUUGCGUGAGAGACUGCUCCUGCUCCGCCCGCUGGCACCCUCAUGUUCCUUGCCAGUGAUUCUCCUCCUCGUCUCCGCGCUGCCCAGCGACAGCAGCUGCCAGCCUUAUCCCCCCCCUCCGCCUUACAGCGCGCCGGACCUCCUGUCCCCCCCGGCUCUGCAUCCCGGCUCCGGUACUCGAACCGGGGAUCGGGGGACAUCGCCGUACUUCCUCUCCCAGACAGGCAGGGCCGUGCCGGUCAUCCACGAAGCGGUGCGUUGUGGGUCACAGAGCAUCCUUCCCAGGGCGCUCCGUGCUCUCUGCCGCCGGGCCAGAGUCAGUGCGGUCUCUGGGGAGCCCCCUGCGUCUGGGGUCACCGUGGUGGUGUUGGGGACUGUCUUGUGGGUUUCAGCCUCGAGCUUUUAAGGUCGAACCCUGGUGCUGGAGAGCCCCAAUCCAGGUAUUCUCACAGGUCACGCGAAAUCGCCCGCUGUUUAAAAAGGAGCACCGCUUGUUUAAACAAUAGAUCCAUUAAGAAGUAAUACGUUGAUGAAGUUGAACACUUGUCCUUGAGGGCUGAUGGCCAUUCUGAAUUUUGCUCCAGACGAUCCUUGAAUUACUUAAUUGAGCAACACCUGUUUAAUCAUAGUGAGAUUGUUCCGGGCCUUUUGACAUGAUGAUGAUUUAAAGACUCAUUAAACCUUCUGGACUGGGGCUCCCUGAGGCCAGAUCUGAACACCAAUGGUCUAGACCCUUGCAAAGUUUUCAACGGGGGCAUCAGAACAUCCAUUGCUCAUAGAGGUUCGGCUUAUUGUUUUAUUCUGGGCUAUGCAUGCAUUUUCCCUGCCUGGUCAAGCUUUGCAGAACAUUAAUUUUCGAGCACAGUUCAGUUAAGGAGAGACCCGACCAAGUUCACUUUCAAGCCUUGCAGCUGGGCUGUCAUCAGUGGAAUUCUGGACCCAUUGGAAAAUGAGAUGAGAAAUGAGAACCUCAGCUGUGGCAACAUGGUGCAUCGUGAGUAAUUCAGGCAGCUGCACAAACUUUGCUUCCGCUGCUUAGAAUAAACCAACACUUCAGACUAGGAAUACGUUUUUUACACUAUUGUAUUCUAGACAUUGCCAUUGUUUUUCUAGUCAUGAUGACGUUUACACAGCAUUAUGAAUUGUACAAGGCAGCUGUAACACAUAGCGAGAGCUAGCUCUUGGGUGAGAGGUGAAAGGGCAUGGCAGUAACGGGGAGACCUGCUCAGCGCGGGGGCGCAGCUGUGUGAUAGGUGAGGUUAGCUUCUGGGGGCCAGUUCCUCAGGAGGGAGAAAGAGCAGCUCGUUCUGGCAGGUGCCUUUGUGACAAAUAUCUGCACAGUUUGUCUCGAUGAGUAAAUGGAUUUUUUUUUGGUAGCAGUUUUUUUUUUUCCCCAAAUUGUCUCAUUUCCAUGACUAUGAACUCAAAAAAAAACAAACCAAAACAACAAAACUAUGGUGCCAACCUACAGAGCUUACAUGUGUGGUCAGGGCUUUUUUUAUAGACAGCAGUUUACGUUUUUUUUACAAGCAUUAAAUGACCAAUUACUGAUCCGACUUCAGCCGUGUCCUAUGGCAGUUACUUGGGUCUGAGCAGUGCGUUUCUUCAGACGUCUGCAGCAGGGGUGGAGAGGGCAGCCCAGCUGGUGCUCUCGCAAGCUGGGAGGAGGCCUCCUGAGACCGGCACAGCCCACACAGGAGUCUCUCUCCGGCGCCCGCGGCUCCAGACGUCGAGGACCUUUCGUCUCGCGGUCGCAGGCAACCCGCCUCCGUCCCCCUGUCCCGCGGGAACACCUCUUGCAUCCCUGCGGAUCACGAGCCGAGCGCGUCUGUCGUCCCAGCCGAGACCUCCUUCCCAGAGCAGCCCCUGCGCGCCGGCUCACCACUUUCACCUGCCAGAGCUGUGCGUCUGGAGCACGGCGGGGGUUCUGGUGCCCUGAAGAGUUACCCCUCUGCCCACGCACACACCCCCAGCCUGCUCCUGCGGACAGGUGGCAGGCAGGGUUCCGUCGGGCAUCGGCCUCCACAGCGCCAUGCAGUGGGCCCGCUGUUGGACCUCGGCACAAAACCAAAGCAGGAUUUCUUUUUUCCAUCAUCUUCUUUCUAACAGCAGAGAAGACCUCCGGACUUGCGUUUCCCGGCGAUUCCAGCCCCUGGGGUUGGAAUCGGUAUUCCAGUACUGAUUGUACUGUGAUGUGUCCAUGGGUGGAAGGGGGCAGUGAGAAAUCACCCGAAGCUCGGAGCUCCGCAGGUGCUGAACGGAUCCCACCCGCAGCUCUGCGCGUCCCUGGUGUCGGCCCGGGUCCUGUCUCGGGUCCUGGAGACGGUCGCCACGCAACCAGCUGGAAGCGGGACGUUCCUCUCUUGGUCCCGAAAGUAGUUGCAUUGUCCCAGUGGGAAGAGUCUUUUUCCUAGCCGAAUAAGGGGCACUGCACCUUGAAAGAAGAGCAUCUUUUGAAUUGGAUGUCGUUGAGAGAUCUUGGGGAAACGAAUACCACGUUUGGCCAAGUGAGAAAGCUGAAGGACGCACUGGAUUGAAAUCCCGGAGAUCCUCCAGCCCCCCGGCGAAGUCUGGCGUUUCUGCUGCUGGAGUGGUGUUCUCUGGGCUGAUGGCUUUAUUAGCAGCGGAUACACAUGGGAGGUUUUAUUGCAGACUACCAGCAUGUGCUCAUGCUUGGUUGAAUUUUAUAAUGUUGCAAACAUUUUUCUCAAGAGUAAGCUGCUUUUUUUUUUUUUACAUACAGGUAGUACAUCAUGUAUCUUUCCCCUCAGUGCUGCUGGUUUCGAGGGGGGUGAACGAGUACAUUUGAAUUUGUCUUUGGUGCUGUUUUUUACUUUAAGUCAAAAACCCUGUACAUUUUUGUAUUUUUUUUAAACUUUUGUUCUUGCAUCACAACUUUUGGGCUGGGCCUUGUAAAAUACAUUGUAAAAUACAGAGGUUUGCAGGGGUGUUCUUGAACUGGCAUCAUGUGUAGCCCUUUUGCCUUCAGUGAUUUGCUUUUGACUGGAGUUUGUGCUCGGAGUGGAUUUAUGUUCCCUAGUAUCUAGCAUAAUAAGAUCUAGUUUAAUAGGGGGAGUAUUAGGCUGAACAGGCCAAAAUUAAAGCAAAUUAGAGUAGUGCUCUGUGCUUUUUUCAUCUGGUUAGAGGGUGACAGUUUUACAAAAAGUGUAUGACAUAACUGAGUGAGUUAGUCUGUUGUCCCCUCAGAUUGCUGCUGGCAAUAGAUUUAUCAAAGGAUUUGUAGUUAUUUAUGAAUCAGCGUUUUAAAUGGGGAGAUGAUGGCUAAUAUCUUGCUAUGAUUCAGCAGAAGUCCAGAUGAUGCAGCUGUUAGGAGGAGGCGCGUCUCUGCAGAGCAGGGUGUGCUUGAACAAUCUCGGUGUUUUUGUAUUAACAUUUUAGCAGUCACAUUGUUUACAUUACUUUUUGUCUGAUUGCAUUAGUAUGUAUGCAUUUCUCCUAAGAAGACCUUAGAAGACCUGUGUGCUCGUAAUUAUAUAUAUACUCCUUACUGUUAUGUUGGCUAAUGUGAUUGGUUUUUAAAUGUAUAGCAACUCUUAUUAUUCAGUAUGCUGUGAAUCAGGGAAGAUGUUGAGGUAGGAGGCCAUGAUGGAUUUUUGCAGGGGUUUUGGCUGUCAGAGUAGCUGUAGCAGCGAUUCAAUUUCGCCUUCAACUUUUUCGUUAUUGGCCAUACAUGUCUAAACCUCUCCCCAUGUCAAGAGUCCGCGUCGCACGGUGUGGGCUGUGAUUGGUGGUUUUGCGUCGAGGACCUCUGGUCUUCUUUGGUGAAAAUAAAAUCUUAAAAGGACCAGAGAAGUCAAGAUCUCCUGGCUGAUCGGAGGCUGGAUGUUGCAGGAGUUGUGAAUUAGCAGGUCACCCUGACCCUUCAUGUGAAGUUGAAAUAUAGUGGAGCUUUGCUGGGUGUAAGUGGUCUUAAUAAUGCUGGCAUGUAGCAGAGAGGAGCAGUAGCUCCUUUAGAGAAGCCCAGCUGUGGCCUCACAGUUGUUUCUUGUAAUGCCUUAAUCUGCAGAGGUAAACCAACAGUAUUGAUGCUGGUUAUAUCAGCCUUACUUCCUGCAGGGUUCCCUUGUGCAUUACCAAAAACAUGACAGAUCUUUGGUUAUGAAAACCGUGCAAAAAAAACCUGGUUUAUAAUUCGGUUGUGGUUUGGAAAGCAGUAAAAAAUGAUUUUUUUACACCGGAAUUACAGCGUUGCUUGAUUCUCAAGUCCUUCUUGAACUUUUUUUAGCUCGUCUCCGGGGACGUCUCUCCCUGAUUUGUUCUCGAGAAAACGCUCGGCUCACACCACCAGUGUGUUGAACUAAUCAGCCGGGAGACCGCUCGGAGGAAUAGUGUUGCGUGCCUCUGCGUUCCAAGUCGGGCGUUGUCGCUUUUAAAUGAACCUUUUGAUCAUGUUGUGACAGUGGUGGCUAAGGUGGAGGGCCUCAGAUGUGUCUGUAACUGAAGACAUUUUCAGGCAGCUUUGACAUCAAAUCACAGUUCAGGCCUGCAAGGUUUUUGUUACUAAAAUGUCAUGUGGUGCGUUGAGCCUUGCCUUCACGGAAAGGGUGGCGAGAGUCUGGAACAAGCUACUGACUUAUCACAAGAGGGGAUGAUUUUUGGGUUAGAUAGCUUCCGUUUUGGCAACUCAACGUGCUGGAAGAACGAAUGAAGGGUCCCCUCUCGUUUACAGGCUGUCUUAUGUUCUUCAGUUGUGCCCCGAGUUUCCUGUGCUUGUUGUAGUUUGCUAUGAAGUGAAUCUGCUGUUGCACUAAGACGAGAAGCCGAUUCUGAACUCGAGAUGAAGCUCCUGGACCGUGCUGAAGGUGUGUUAGUGAGGACAGGGUAACCCACACAGCCUCUUUCUCCCCCACUUGUUGUAGCAGUCAGGACAGUAGCGAUUACACUUGUGUGCGGGAGUUGUGCUAAUUAUAAGGAGACUGUGAAGGGGGAGUCCUUUUCAGUCUCCGCACAGGUGCUAUUUUUACGGUGGAAGGGUGAUUUGCCUUCAGCCCCUGCUUUUAUGCCAUGCAGAGUUCCUCCGAAUGUUCCCUGAGCUCUGGCACUGGCUCCAGCCGAGCAUCCCAGAAGACUUAUUUUUGUUCUCCUUUUCGCGCGGAAUACCACUUUUCCAACGUGAAGGAAAAGGGCCGAAAAUCCGUUCUGCAGAUCGUGGGAGGGAUUUUCCACGUCUUAAUGCGCAGUCCUGCCGGAAACGGAAAAGCUCAGAGCCCUCAUUUCUUCUGAAGGGCUGACCAGCAUUCGUUCCUCCUCUCCGUCUGGUAGGAGGAAACUGAGAAGUUCCAGAGGAGCCCAGUGUUUCAAUGUGACCUGCAGCAACAGAAAUGCAGGUCAGAGUCAGUCCAGAAGGGGGAGCCAGUGAGCUUUCAUUGUUGCCACCACACUUCUGCGCAACUCAAGAGAGGUUCUGAUUUAAAGUGAGUGCAAAAGUUUUUUUUUUUUAAGAAUGCCUCCAUAUUACUGGCAAACCCAGCAGUGUAUGCUCUGAAUCUAGUUUGCAAAUAUCCUGCCGACACGCAUGAAAAUGCUAUUUGUUCUGAAUCUCAUUUGUUCAGAACUUGUUUCAAUCCAUAAUGGUGCCAGGGUGCUGUGUCGCAGAUGAACAGGAAGGAGCAAUAGUGCUUCUGACCAGUGAUCUCUUUUAUUCCACACCAUACGUAGGAGAGCAAUAAACUGCCCAUUUCGAAAGAGUGGGCCCCUCCUGCUGGUUCUGCUGGUGUUCUUCUCCACGUGGGCCCCUUCUCUCUGUUGGCAGCGUUCAGCCCGCUAGGCAGCUGUGUUGGGGAGGGGCGCCGGUUUUGUCGCAGUCCUUCCACAACUUUGCGGGUUUCUGGCUCACAAAAGUCUUAAUUGCGGGCUUUGUUCUAAAACGAGUCUCUUCGCGGGUGGAAUGGUGUGCGUUUGAGAGCCGGGGAGAUGGGGGAAAAAUAGCUCAGCAGCUGAACAGCCUGAAACGAUGAAAUUCUUGUUUUGGCGUUGAGCUUUCUCCAACACUGUUGCCUGGAAGGGCUUCACAAAACUAACCCCCUCCCCCUCCCCCUCCCUCCAUCCCCACGAUCGCCAAAUCCAUCUUCCCCGCCCCACCGCUCAGGACCCUCUCUAGAAACGUUCAGGGAAUCUUCUACAUUGCCAACAAGGCAGACCAAAUGUAAUAAUUUAUAUGCAAUGAGAUAGCUGUGGCUUUUAGUUUUUGAUUUUUUUUUUAUUGUAAAAAAAAAAACAACAAACCUGUACAUUUUUGUAAAGUUUUCAUUUUUUGAUAGAGAUUCUGAUUCUAAUUGAGUGUAUUAUGUGCUUUGUAGCUGGUUUCCAUUUUCACUGGUAGGCGAAUAAAAGUUUUAAUCUGUUUUA